CGCUUUGUAAGGUGGAGGGGGGCGGAGCUCGCGCACGCUAGUCACGGCGGCGGGGAGCGUGGUGCCGACUGUGUAUAUGGAUGCUAGCUCUUCGGAUCUGAGGUCCGCCGGGCCUCUGCCUGGAAGCUCUCCGUCUCGCCGACCGCGCGGCACCUGCCCGGACGCAGGGUGCAGGGGUGCCACGGCCGGGUGCGUCCCCCAGGUCGGCCGGGGCGGGGGUGGCGGUACGGCCAAGGAGGAGGGAGCCCGGGCCGCGGCAGCCCCGGCCGGCCUGACCCUCGAGGGGGUCGCUGUUGCUUCGCAGAUCUCUUCCUCGUUAGCCGCCUGCGUCCCUCCCAGCCGCUCCCGCCGCGUCCGUCUUUUGUUCGCGGAGCCGCGCGCCCCCGAGCCGAGGCGGCGGGGCGGGGAGCUGGCGGGGCUGCGCGGGGGGCGGGCCGCGCCGGGCGGAGCCGGGGCCCGGGCUGCGGCGGGACUGGGAGCCGGAGGGGGCGAUCGGCGCGCUGGCAGCCGGGGCUCGGGCGCACUCCGGGGGCGCGGCGAGGCCGAGGGGGCGGGCGCCGGGCGGAGCCGGAGCCGGAGCCGGGGCGCCUGGAGGCGAUCGGGCCGGUCCCUCCGAGCUCAAGGCAGCGGAGAGAACGCGCGGCGGGGCCCGGGACCCGAGCGCAGCCCCGGGGCCGAGGGAGCCCGAGAGGAGCCGCGGCGGGAGCUGCGCCGGGACCCUCCCCAGGGGCGUGGAGGCCGGGCGGGCCCGGGCCAUGCGCGUCGCCUGCUGAGGCCGCGAGAGGCCGCGAUGGAGGCGCCCGCGGGGGAGCCUUCUGUCCGGGGCUGCGGCCCCCCGCCUGCGCCCGCGCCCGCGCCCGCGCCCGCCCCAGAGAGGAAGAAGAGCCACCGCGCGCCGUCGCCGGCCCGGCCCAAGGACGUGGCCGGCUGGUCUCUAGCCAAGGGCCGCCGUGGCUCAGGCCCGGGCUCCGCAGCCGCCUGCAGCGCCGCAUCCUUGGUGCGGCCGGACAAGAAGGGGCGCACGGUGGCCCCCGGGGCGCGGGGCGCAGGGACGCGGGUGGCUGGGGUCCGCGCAGGGGUUCGCGCUAAGGGCCGCCCACGCCCGGGUGCCGGCCAGAGGCCGCCGCCGCCGCCGCCCAGCCUCACAGACAGCAGCUCCGAGGUGUCGGACUGCGCUUCGGAGGAGGCGCGCCUGCUGGGCCUGGAGCUGGCGCUGAGCAGCGACGCUGAGUCGGCGGCGGGGGGCCCGGCGGGAACCCGCUCCGGGCAGCCGCCCCAACCCGGGCCGACCGCGCAGCAGCCUCCGCGGCCGCCUGUCUCCCCGGAUGAGCCGUCGGGGGCCGCGUCGUCGGUGGGCAGCAGCCGCCUGCAGCUCAGCGCCUCGCUGGCCUUCUCCGACCUCACCGAGGAGAUGCUGGACUGCGGGCCCAGCAGCUUCGUGCGGGAGCUGGAGGAGCUGCGUUCGGAGAACGACUAUCUCAAGGAUGAGAUCGAGGAGCUGCGGGCAGAGAUGCUGGAGAUGCGGGAUGUCUACAUGGAGGAGGAUGUGUAUCAGCUGCAGGAGUUGCGGCAGCAGCUGGACCAGGCCAGCAAGACCUGCCGCAUCUUGCAGUACCGACUGCGCAAAGCUGAGCGCCGCAGCCUCCGCGCUGCCCAGACUGGACAGGUAGAUGGCGAGCUCAUCCGGGGCCUGGAGCAGGAUGUAAAGGUAUCUAAGGACAUCUCUGUUCGGCUACAUAAAGAGCUGGAGGUUGUGGAGAAGAAACGGGCACGGCUAGAGGAGGAGAAUGAGGAGCUCCGGCAGCGACUUAUUGAGACUGAGCUGGCUAAGCAGGUGCUGCAGACAGAACUGGAUCGCCCAAGAGAGCAUUCCUUGAAGAAAAGAGGAACCCGCUCCCUGGGAAAGACUGAUAAGAAGCCUUCAAUGCAGGAGGACAGUGCAGACCUGAAGUGUCAGCUGCACUUUGCAAAGGAGGAGUCAGCUCUCAUGUGCAAGAAGCUCACCAAGCUUGCCAAGGAGAAUGACGGCAUGAAGGAGGAGCUGCUCAAGUACCGCUCACUCUAUGGCGAUCUGGACAGUGCCCUGUCGGCUGAGGAGCUGGCAGAUGCACCCCACUCACGAGAGACUGAGUUGAAGGUGCAUCUGAAGCUGGUGGAGGAGGAAGCCAACCUGCUGAGUCGUCGUAUCGUGGAGCUGGAGGUGGAGAACCGAGGCCUGCGGGCCGAGAUGGACGACAUGAAGGACCACGGAGGUGGCUGUGGGGGCCCAGAGGCCAGGUUAGCUUUCUCUGCGCUGGGCGGCAGUGAGUGCGGGGAAAGCUUGGCAGAGCUGCGGCGACACCUGCAGUUCGUGGAGGAGGAGGCAGAGCUGCUCCGGCGCUCCUCGGCUGAGCUCGAGGACCAGAACAAGUUGCUUCUGACUGAACUGGCCAAGUAUCGCUCUGAGCACGAACUGGAUGUGACCAUGUCUGAGGACAGCUGCUCUGUGCUCAGUGAGCCCUCGCAGGAGGAGCUGGCUGCCGCCAAGCUGCAGAUCGGUGAGCUCAGCGGCAAGGUCAAGAAGCUUCAGUAUGAGAACCGUGUGCUCCUGUCCAAUCUCCAGCGCUGUGACCUUGCCUCCUGCCAGAGCACCCGGCCCAUGCUGGAGACAGAUGCUGAGGCCGGAGACUCAGCCCAGUGUGUGCCUGCUGCCCUUGGAGAGUCCAGCGGCCCCCACGCUGCCCGGAUGUGCAGAACCAGGGAGGCCGAAGCACUCCCUGGGCUGAGGGAACAGGCCGCCCUGGUCAGCAAGGCCAUUGAUGUUCUGGUGGCUGAUGCCAACGGUUUCUCGGCUGGCCUCCGUCUGUAUCUGGACAAUGAGUGUGCUGACUUUCGACUACAUGAGACCCCUGACAACAGCGAGGGACCCAGGGACAGCAAGCUCAUCCAUGCCAUCCUGGUGCGGCUGAGCAUGCUGCAGCAGGAGCUCAACGCCUUCACGAGGAAAGCAGACACUGUUCUUGGGAGCUCUGCCAAGGAGCAGUCAGAAACUUUCUCCCCCUUGCCCACCCUGGGCUCCCAGGGCCCCUCCAAGGAGAUGCUUCUGGCCAAAGAUCUUGGCUCUGACUUCCAGCCUUCUGACUUCAGGGACUUGCCGGAAUGGGAGCCCAGGAUACGAGAGGCCUUUCGGAUGAGCGACUUGGAUUCCAAGCCUGAUCCUAGUCGGAGCUUCAGGCCUUACCGAGCUGAAGACAAUGAUUCCUACAUCUCUGAGAUCAAGGAGCUGCAGCUGGUGCUGGCUGAGGCCCAUGAUAGCCUCCGGGGCCUGCAAGAGCAGCUCUCCCAAGAACGCCAGCUUCGGAAAGAGGAGGCUGACAAUUUCAACCAGAAGAUGGUGCAGCUGAAGGAGGACCAGCAGAGGGCACUCCUGAGGCGAGAGUUUGAACUGCAGAGUCUGAGUCUUCAGCGGAGGCUAGAGCAGAAAUUUUGGAGCCAGGAGAAGAACAUGCUGGUGCAGGAAUCCCAGCAGUUCAAACACAACUUCCUACUGCUCUUCAUGAAACUCAGAUGGUUCCUCAAGCGCUGGCGGCAAGGCAAGGUUUUGCCCAGCGAGAGGGAUGACUUCCUGGAGGUAAAUAGCAUGAAGGAGCUGUACCUGCUGAUGGAGGAAGAGGAAUUAAAUGCCCAGCAUUCUGAUAAUAAGACCUGCAUAGGGGACAACUGGACCCAAAAUACACCCAAUGAGUAUAUCAAGACACUGGCUGACAUGAAGGUAACACUCAAGGAACUGUGCUGGCUGCUCCGGGAUGAACGCCGUGGUCUGACUGAGCUUCAGCAACAGUUUGCCAAGGCCAAAGCCACCUGGGAGACAGAGCGGGCAGAGCUCAAGAGCCAUACCACCCAGAUGGAACUGAAGGCUGGAAAAGGGGCUGGAGAGCGGACCGGACCUGAAUGGAAGGCACCCCUGCAGAGGGAGCGUGAGGAGCAGCAGCACCUCCUGGCUGAAUCCUACAGUGCAGUCAUGGAACUGACCCGGCAGCUGCAGAUCAGUGAGCGCAACUGGAGCCAGGAGAAGCUGCAGCUGGUGGAGAGGCUUCAGGGUGAGAAGCAGCAGGUGGAACAGCAGGUCAAGGAGCUGCAGAACCGCCUGAGCCAGCUGCAGAAGGCUGCUGAUCCCUGGGUCCUAAAGCACUCAGAUCUGGAAAAGCAGGACAAUAGCUGGAAAGAGACGCACAGUGAGAAGAUCCAUGACAAGGAGGCUGCUUCUGAAGCUGAGCUUGGGGGAACCAGCUUAAAGAGGACCAAGUCGGUUUCCUCCAUGUCUGAAUUUGAAAGCUUGCUUGACUGUUCCCCAUACCUUGCUGGUGAAGCCACACGAAGCAAGAAGUUACCCAACAGCCCCGCCUUUGCCUUUGUGGGCACCCAGCCAGUGGAUCCAGAGAAGGAUGGCCAGGAACAGCCAGGGCUCUCUUCACGGGACUGCAACCGACUGGGCUCCCUGACCUGCCAGGAACCGGCAGGAAGGCAGAUGCAGCGCAGCUAUACGGCUCCGGACAAGACGGGCAUCCGAGUCUACUAUAGCCCUCCGGUGGCCCGACGCCUGGGUGUGCCCGUGGUCCACGACAGGGAGGGCAAGAUCAUCAUCGAACCUGGCUUCCUUUUCACCACUGCCAAGCCCAAAGAGUCAGCUGAGGCCGAUGGGCUUGCUGAGAGCUCCUACAGCCGGUGGCUUUGCAACUUCUCACGACAGCGUCUGGAUGGAGGCUCUGGGGGUGGCCCCUCAACGUCUGGGCCUGGCUUCCCUGCAGCUCUGCAUGACUUUGAGAUAUCGGGCAAUAUGAGCGACGACAUGAAGGAGAUCACCAACUGUGUGCGCCAGGCCAUGCGCUCAGGUUCCCUAGAGAGGAAGGUGAAGAGUACAUCCAGCCAGACAGUGGGCCUGGCCAGUGUGGGCACACAGACCAUCCAGACUGUCAGCGUGGGCCUGCAGACAGACCCGCCCCGCAGCAGCCUCCACAGCAAGAGCUGGUCACCCCGCAGCUCCUCGCUGAUGUCCGUGCGCAGCAAGCAGAUCUCCUCCUCCCUGGACAAGGUGCACUCCCGCAUCGAGCGGCCAUGCUGCUCACCCAAGUAUGGCUCACCAAAGCUUCAGAGGCGGUCCGUAUCCAAGCUGGACAGCACCAAGGACCGCAGCAUAUGGAAUCUGCACCAGAGCAAGCAGAACGGCUCAGCCUGGGCCCGCUCCACCACUACAAGGGACAGCCCUGUGCUAAGGAACAUCAACGAUGGGCUGUCCAGUCUCUUCAGUGUGGUGGAGCACUCGGGGAGCACGGAGUCUGUCUGGAAACUGGGCAUGACUGAGAGCCGGGCCAAGCCUGAGCCUCCCAAGUAUGGUAUUGUACAGGAGUUCUUUCGCAAUGUGUGUGGCCGGGCGCCAAGCCCCACCUCAGCAGCUGGGGAGGAGAGCACCAAGAAACCAGAGCCCCUCUCCCCAGCCAGCUACCAUCAGCCAGAGAGCAGCAUGGCCAGGAUCCUGAAUAAGAAGGCAGCCAAACCAGGCUGCAGUGAGGAGGGCAGACUUACAAUGCUCCCCCAGGUGGGGAAGGAUGGUGUCUCUCGAGACAUAGAUGGAGCCACAGUCCUUCCCAAUGAGGAUGCUGUUUGUGACUGCAGUGCCCAGUCUCUCACGUCUUGCUUCGCUCGUCCCUCCCGUUCUGCCAUCCGCCACUCCCCUUCCAAGUGUAGGCUGCACCCUUCAGAGUCUGGCUGGGGUGGGGAGGAGAGGGCAGGCCCCCCCAGUGAGUGAGAGAGCAGCUGUGCUCCCCACCUCAAGCAGCCCAGUCCCUGGAUGGCCGAAGGGAACCAGCAGAGAAGAGAUGCGGGCAGGGGCCUGUGUUCUCAGUAUCACCUCACCCUGGAGGGUCAGCAGCUGCACCAUUGCCAGAGAACAGCUUUCUCAUCAAGGUAAAGCGGGGUCGCCUGCUGCCUACUGGGAGGUAAUCUCUGCCUUCCCAGGGGACGGCAGCGAGUGGAAGAAAAACCAAAACUGGGCUUCAGAAGCAUCUACAGAGAGAUCUGCUGAGAGCUGAUCUGUUGGGAAACUAUCCCUGGGUCCUAAGGAAGAGCCUUACCUGCUUCUACUCACAUUGACUUCUCAGAAGAGUCAAGGAAAGGCUAUACUCUGGUGGUACCUCACAAGGACAGGGCUCACAGAAAUGUUCCCUGCUGGCCACAUCCCCCUGAGUAUGAAGGAAGCAUCAUCAGAAAUAGGCUUUGCUCUAGGGCUCAGCUUGGGGUCCUAGAGUAGUUGGGCUGGGUAACAUCCUAGCCCUUCUCCUCUGUACCACCUCCUCCUAGCCCCGCUGCUCUGGAUUGCUUUGAUUCUGGGGAGUAUGAUAGGGCAGUAGUCAGGGCCUAGGGUCUGCUUAGAGUCCUGAGCCCUGGAUCUCCCAGCCCAUUGCCUGGAUGCAGCAAGGACUAGAAGACAAAGUGGAGAGGUGGGUCUCAUGGUUGGGGAGCCACUGGAACUGGCUCCCUUACCAAGGUGAUUGGGGGACCUCAAACUUGCCCAGAGACUCUUUAAGUACAGAAAAUAGGUAAAUUCAGUCUCAGACCUGGUGUACAGAUUAAUGCCUAAAUGUGCAUUGCCUUGAUUGCUGGGUCCUCUUUCUCCAGCAUCCUGGAGGGGUACCACAUCCCCACUGUGUUUACAUCCUACAGCUGGUGGAGGGCAAAGAUAUUCCACAUAAAAGACUCCCAAUUGGCCGGGCCAGACCAAGGAGCAAUUCAAGAGGCUUCUGCCCCAGAACCCAGAGGUAGAAUGGAGCCUGGAAACACAUUUCUUGCCUAGGUUGUUCAUUUGAUUUUUUUCUUACUAUAUAUAUUUAAGGUUGUUUUGUUUCAUUUUAAUUAUUUAAUUUACCCCCAAAUCCCCUAAGGUAAUUUAUUGGAGGUGGAGACAUACUCUUGCCACCAGGACAGUGCAAGGCUUCUGACACAAUGGACAGGUGUGGGUGUCUCCCAUACUGAUGGGACAGCUUAGUAACCAAGCCCUGGUCUCUUAGUUGGAUUUCGAGAACCUCCUCUCCACCGCCUCCCCCUGCAGAGCUGGAGUCCUGCUGUUCACUCCAGCACUGCUGACCAUUUGGACUCAUAACACAGCUUUUCAUCAAUAUCUGGUAACUGCCUGACCCACUCAGUCAACUGAAAAUGUUCAGUGACAGGGUGGAAGAUUGGACUGAUAUCGCUACUUCCUAGAAUUCUCCACCUCCCUUCAUUUUCCUCCCUCACUCUAACACCCCCCUUUUUUUUUUAAUGAGUUCAACUCAGACUCCUAAGGGUCUAUCAAGAGCAUUGCAAGCUCUCCAAGUUACUCAAGUGAGAAUCACAGGAAAAACUUGGAUAAUGUUAUUUAUUGCAGCUUUGCUCAUAGAUCUGAAAGGUCUGCAGCUUGCCUCAGUCCCCACCAGCCUGCCAGCCUUUCACCAGCCUCUCUCUUUAGCCUUAAGACCAUUUGCAUCUCUUCUUCCAACCCCACUCCACUACCUGCCUUCCCCAUGUCCCAUGUGAGCUGCCUGCACCAUGUGACAGAUUUGACUCAUGACUCAUUGCUGCAUGGUGAGGAGGGUCUCAUAUUGUUUCUCCUUAGUGCCAGUGAGCAUGUUCUUGGUGACAUCCAUGUCCUCGAGUGUGUAGGUGCACUGUUCCCCUGUGACUGACUCGGGGGCCAAAAUAGAAGUGUCUUGUCUCUGGAAUUCUCCAUUUGGAAGACCAAAAGCCAGCAACUGUGCUAGUGUAUCUCCCGGGACUCAGGAGACUUCUCUGCAGUCCCACCUACCAGCUCCCAGUUCUGCCCCUUCAGGUUUACCUGUACCAGUUACCCCAAACCCUUUAUCUGAAUCCAUUCCCUUUUGGCAGAACAUUAGGCUCAUGUCAGUCCAACCAAGCACUUCCUCACAGUGACUUGUGUGGGCAGAGCAGUUUCCUCUGCAGUGCCACUGCUCCCACCUAAGAGGUCAUGGGCUUCUCCCAGGUUAUCUCCAAGCAAGGGGAUUCAUUCCAGGCCACAAGCCACCAGGGGCCUUCUGCCACCUCCCCAAGCUGCACAGGGUCACAAAGGUUGUGCUCCCAGCCUUGGGGAGAAAUCCUCAUGAGACCUGAACUCUGUGGCCCAUGGACCACUCAGCCUUACCAUCGUCCUCGUUCAGGAUUGUCCUUGCUGUCUUCCUUGUCUCAGUAUCUGGCCCCUGGUCGGUGCCAGAGAUAGAUUUUGGUUUCCAAUUAAGUUCCAGUUUCUACUUCCUGCAUGCCACUGUGCAAACUCACUCAUCACUGUUCCUACAGAAGCCUCUUGACAUGGGGUUUGAUGGGGUUGAAAAAUGUUACAUGUAAAUAUUGGUUUGGUUUGGUUUUUAGCAUUUUAUAAGUAACUGGUUAUGUUUUCUUUUGGGGGGUCGGGGGGGUUGAUUUGUAAAAAAACUCUCUCCUCUUUUGGAAUGUAAUUUCUAAGUUUGUUUGUUUCUUCAAAUGCCUUUUAAAUCUUGGUAACAUUCCCAAAGCAGAAUACUGCCUGACCCACAGCAGGGAUCCCCCUGGAACACUGGGGUCCCAGGGAGGAACACUGCCCUUGUUUUCCCUUCCUUCUCCUCACUAUUAAGUCUUCACCUUUUCACGUCUAGCACCUCCCUCCUCUCGCUGUCUUCCUUCUUUUCCCCAUCUUUACUUUCUUCAGACAGAGUCCCAAGGAACCCUGGGGUCCUAGUCCCUAUAUAGUACUGUGCUUGAGUAAAUAGUGUUGGCAUCAGUUGAUUGUGGAAUAUGGGGGAAGGGGACCAUUUGCUGUGGUUAACCGAACUAGAUGGCCUCAAAUUGCUUUCUAGUGCCCUGUUAGACACUCCCAGGAGCAAUGAUGUUUGUAUUUGACACGAAAAUCAAAAAUGACUAGGCAUCGAAAUCUAAUUCUUUCUCUCUGACAGUCCUGUGCUCCCACCAAAGGCUGAGCAAUUUGAAAACACACCCAAGAAUAAACUUAAAUUGAGUCCUAGCUCUUAGUCUAUCAGGGACACUUGUCCCUGGGUGACUAUCCAGGUGACAAGAUCGAGAUCCCAAAGACUUGACCCUCUUUUUUUUUUUUCCCUCCAGGGUUAUUGCUGGGCUAGUUGCCUGCACCACGAAUCCACCGCUCCUGGAGGCCAUUUUUCCCCCCUUUUGUUGCCCUUGUUGUUGUAGCCUCGUUGUGGUUAUUAUUAUUGCCGUUGUUGGAUAAGACAGAGAGAAAUGGAGAGAGGAGGGGAAGACAGAGAGGGGGAGAGAAAGACACCUGCAUACCUGCCUCACCGCCUGUGAAGCGACUUCCCUGCAGGUGGGGAGCCCAAGGCUCGAACCGGGAUCCCUACGCCGGUCCUUGCGCUUUGUGCCACAUGCACUCAACCCACUAUGCCACCGCCCGACCCCCGACUUGACCCUCUUAUACCCACUUAGACAAUUACAUGACUCUUUUGCUUCCCCACCCCCUUCUCCUUCUUUUAGAUUAACAUCCGUAGUCUUGUUAAAAAUCGUUGUUGUUUUAUUAAGGAAGUAAUGAUUUACAAGCCAGUGGUCGUCCCACGGGUGCAGUUUCUCAUCUAUCUGUGAUAGGUGUCUGCGUUACCACUCCCACCACCAACCCAGGUCUUCCAGUAGCACCCAGCCCCCCAUACAUCUUCCAUGGUUUUUUUCCCCAGCCCAGUUCUUUUGUCCUCCCAGUUUCCAAGCGCUUCCUCCCACUCCCCUCCUAUCUAGAAUGCCUGCUGGGCCCCAGUCUAGCUUCAGGAGCCUUUCAAGUUCCUCUCCACUUCUUCAUUAACAAUAAUAAUGAUGAUCCCCUAGACACCCUGCCUAGAGCACUUUACAAUUUAGGAAUCACUUCCUCACCCCAGAUCUCCUUCAAACUUUCCAGGACAACUGUCUGAGACAAUCUUAGCCAGACAGGAAUUUGUAGUCUUAUUUUUAAUUUAUUAUUAUUUUUUGCCUCCAGGGUUAUUGCUGGGACUUGGUGCCUGCACUACAAAUCCACUGCUCCUGGCAGCCAUCUCCCCCCACCAUUGUUGUUGCCGUUAUUGUUGGAUAGGACAGAGAGAAAUUGAGAGAGGAGGAGAAGACAGAGAGGGGAAGAGAAGGAUAGACACCUAUAGACCUGCUUCAGCGACCCCCCCCCCCCCACACACACACACGGGUAGCUGGGGGCUCAAACUUGUGCAGGCCCUUGAAUUUCGGAUUAUAUGUGCUUAACCCAGUGCGCUAAUGCCAGCCCCUCCCCAGCUACAAUUUACAUUUACUACAAUUUACAUAUUUUACACAUUUCCAGGGCGAUCCUAAAUACUAAGGAUCUCAUCAUUUGUGUCCACAGUUCUUGACUUUUAGGCUAUUUUUCUUGUAACCAGUAACCACAGUACUACUCUUAACAAGAACAUUUGAGCUGAGAAAAGAGGACUUGGUACUCUACACAAUUCUGAUUGGAUUUUAUCAAUCUGAGGUUUUUCAGAAACAUCAAAGGCAAUUUACAAUCUAAGUCACAUGAGAGCAGAAAUAGAAUCAUAUCAAAUCUUAGUUCAAUAAAGCAGUAGAAAUAGAAAGCCAAAAGGCUAGAAUUAUCACUCCCCAAUUCUAUUUGAUGUAAUUUUCAUAAUCUUAAUAGAUUUCACUCUCAUGUUUCCUAGAAGCCAUGAUAAAGAGAAACACAUGAAGUUUAUAGUUCACCACUGGAGAAACAUUUUUGCCCUGGGAGACAAAAUCUUCUGCUACUAAUUGAUAGCGUCCUUUCUUCAUAGACCACUAAGUCAGUUGGUGUUUCAGUAGGUGAAGCUAAGAUGCAUGGAUGUUUUCCAGGUAACUAUUAAAAAAUAUAAUAAUAAACUUCCAUCAAUUUGAAUGUUCUUGGCUUCAGAUCAUGUGACUACUUUAUGCCUCAGUUUCUCCAACUCUAACAUGGGAGAACAACCCUCCAUCUCACAUGGUUAUGGUGGGGAUCAAAUACAAUACUGUGCCUGUGCAUCUACUUGGAAAAGUGUUAAGUUUCUAUGUAAUGAUCUGAUCAUACUCAUUGUCUCCAGGCCAGCCCAUCCAUACUGACAUCACCUACCCCCCUCACUAGGCUAUUUGAAUAGAAAGGGGAUUGCAGGAUAAUCUGGACCACCUCUCUCAAUUAAAAAAAAAUGUAGAAAUUAUAUAUAUAACAAAACUUAACAUUUUAGCAUCCCCCCGUGUGUGUGUGUGUGUGUGUGUGUGUGUGACUUUAAAUACAUUCUUAGUGUGGACAACUGUCAACAAGAUCCAUUAGAACUUUUUCAUUAUACCAAACCAAAACUCUGUACCCGGGAGUCGGGCUGUAGUGCAGUGGGUUAAACACAGGUAGCGCAAAGUACAAAGACAAGCCUAAGGAUCCCAGUUCAAGUCUCCAGCUCCCCACCUGCAGGGGAGUCGCUUCACAAGUGGUGAAGCAGGUCUGCAGGUAUCUAUCUUUCCCCCUCUCUGCCUUCCCUUCCUGUCU